AUGACGCCUGUGAAUCAACUCCGCCUCAUUCGGCAUAGUUCAGUCCAACUGGUCUCCAUCGCUCCUCUAUUCUGCGCUGAGCGACCCUGGUGGGAGUCCCUGCAACGCCUCCUUCUCCCGCAGCUCUCGAGCCCCGUUCAUCAACUUCAUCACCUCAAAAUUGCGCGCGAUGCACUUACGCUGACAUGCCUCCAUCUUACGCAGUUUGCUAUCCGGCAAUUCCCCCUCUACCAGCUCGUGCCGGGUAAGAUUGGUGUCAAAGCAAAUGUCCCAGCACUUUUCCAAGAGAUCGUUUGCAAGGUCAAGCAUGGAGUACUGCUCCAUCGCAUGCAUCACCAUCAUUUGACUUUGCAUGGUUCCUGUUGCUGUAGUUUCUACGCGUUACACAAGUGCACAGAGAGCCAGAGAGCGAUAGAGAGCGCCUUCCUUUUAUUAUUAUUUAAAUAUUGUUUUUGUCUUUAUCGCACCAAGGCCAUACACAUCCACGUAGCACAUGAGAAACAAGAAGAGGGUGUUUGA